AUGAAUUAUUUGGCGGUAAAUAUAAGAGGAAUUGGGGGAGUGGAGAAGCCAAAGUGGAUAAGUAAUUUAGUUAAGGAAAAUAAAAUUUCGUUUUUGUGCAUACAAGAAGUUCAAGUCUCUAAUGUUGACCCAAUAACGGUCGGAAGAUACUGGGGAAAAACGGAUAUGGAAUGGGAAUCAGUGGAUGCUAGAGGAAGGUCAGUGGGUUUGAUUUCGGUCUGGGAUCCAGUGAUGUUCUCAAAACAAAGAAUAGUCAAACAUGAUUCGUUCUUACUAACUAGCGGGACUUUGGCCGGUAGUAAUACGUACAUUAACAUUGUCAAUGUAUAUGCUCCGUGUGAGGUUAUGAGAAGACGAUCGUUGUGGGAAGAGUUAAAGUCAAUUAAAGAAUCAUCAAGUGAAGGAGUAUGGAUCAUGGCAGGCGAUUUUAAUGAAGUUAGAGAGGAACAAGAGAGGAUGAACUCAAAAUUUGACAACCAAGGUGUAGUGAUCUUCAACAAUUUCAUAGCCGAAGCAAGUUUAGUUGAAUACCAGAUGGGUGGAUAUAAAUUCACAUACAUGUUAGAUGAUGGAUCAAGCCUUAGUAAAAUAGAUAGGAUUCUCGUGUGUGACGGUUUUAUGAACAAGUGGCCUACGGCUAGUUUGAAGCAUUAA